CUGAACAUGGAUAUGGAGUUUGAUCAUUCUCUUCUCCAAGUCCACAUUAACCACAAUAACUUUCCAGCUAAGUUAUGGGGUUUGACAAACGAUCCCAAGAACAACUCAGUCUGCUGGAGCCCAAAUGGAGACAGUUUUAUUGUCAACCAGCAGCGUUUCGAGGACGAACUGCUGUCACCGGUCAAACGAGACGCUAAACUCUUCAAGACCACCAAUUUCACCAGCUUCAUCCGACAGCUCAACCUGUACGGCUUCCGGAAGCUGUUCGACGGGCCACCCAAAGACAGACACCGAAACCUGCACCACUUCUACCAUCCCUUCUUCAAACAGGGCCGGCCAGAACUUCUGGUCCAUCUGAAGAGGCUGACCAUCAGGAACAAGGCCAAGAUCCUGGCCGGAGCAGAGGCGACCUAUCGACCCCCGAGUCAAGUCUAUCACCAGCCUCAGCCAAACACUACAGAAACAGAUAAUACAGGUUCAUCCCAUCAGCUGGAGGGGUUUGACGGAAGCCUGGUCCCUCCUCACUCCUGGAUCUUUCCUUGCAGCGAUGUGCCUCCUUUCUACCCUAGCAGAGGCAUCCCCGUGUCUGUGAUCCGCUCGUAUCCGUACAGCGCUCCUCGUAAAGUCCAGUCCAGUCCCGCUGCCCUGUUCCCACACGAGACGAAAUAUAUCCCACAUCACCUGUCCUAUCCUCCAGGAUUUUACUCGCCAGUUUGUCAGGGUUGCACUGCUGGCUUAAUGGAAGCAGAUGGAUCAGGUGGAGAUGAAACAUCUCUGUCAUACGCAGCACAUUAUGCUUAUUACCCGAACUAUCCAGUGGCUCACCAUCACUCAAACUGGGCAGCACACGGUCCGCCUGAGUCUCAGAGAGGCGACGUCAACCUGGACACAGUCUUCCAGAUGGUGGACGAGUUCCAGGGUUUGCCUAACGUCCACAUAUUGGGAACACACUCCUCCUGCCCUCCUCUCGGCACUUCACCUGCGGGAUCCGUCUGUCCUCAGAGAGACGAGCGUCCGUCUGUCAUCAAACUAGAGCCAGAGGAACAGGAGCUGGACUAUCCACGAGUCCACCAGCUGAUGGAAAACACUUCAACAUCUCCGGAGUCCUCAGAAAAGGUUUCAGAUCAGAAACGGACAGCAGAAGACUCGUGA